AUGGAAUAAUAAAAUGAUGUCGUAACUUAGGAUUAAUAAUAAGGAUUGAAAGAAUAACUUGAUAAGACUUCAACUCAAAAUCAGCCAACAGAAUAAUCUAUUGCUGGAAACCCUGAAAAAACUGAGACCAUUCCAAUGAUCGAUCCAUUAAUGGAUUAAAAUGCAGAUCAACCUUCAAAUUAGGAUAAUUAAACAUAAGAAUCAAAUGAUCCUUCUAAACCAAAUCCAUUUUACACUUAUUCAAUUUUGGCAAAAGAGUUUAUUUUAUUUAGCCUUCCCUAUUUAUAUUUUAUAUUUGCUGCUCUUUAUAGGAUUUAUUAGCUUUAGAAAUUGCAAGAUGUUACACUACAAAGAUAAUCCAUAAGAUCUUAAUUAAGCGAUGAGGAUGUCCCUAAAACAAAUCCUCCAUCCUUGAAUAUCAAAAUUAUCAUUUCAUAUUGGCUUUGCUUUGUCUGUACUUUAUCAAUGACACUGGGAUUUUUUGGUCUAAUUAUGACUAUAUCACCAAAACUAUACUUCAUUUGGUUGAUCCCAAUUGUUGCUCAUAUUGUUUCUGUUAUUUUGUUAAAAUAAGAGUUUAAAUUUUAAGAAUAAUAGGCAACUUGGACCCAUAGAAUAUUUUGGCCUUUAUAGACUGCAUUUUUAGUUGUUAGAACAUCAUAAGAAUAUCAAACUCUUUUGAGUAGUGCAUUAAUAAUUUUGUAAUUGUUCCCAUCGCUCAUUUUAUUGAUAUAUGCAUUGUAUCGACCAAAUGAUAGAACAAGAAUACCAGAUGACACACCAAAAUUUGCAAAAUAAUUGAUGAAAUCAUUAGAAGAAUUUAAAAUAUUUUAAUCAGAAAAUAAAUCAAUCAGAGAAUCUACACUAAAUAGAACCAAAACUAAAAAAGAAAACACAACUAUAACAAAGUAAUUAUCAUCAGCAUUUUCUGACCUUAUUCAAAGCAAGAAUUAAAACGAAUAAGAACAGUUUUUAAGGGAUAAAAUGCCAGAAAGGAGUGUUAGUAUAAGUAAAAAAAUAAUUAAACGCUUUGUUAACGACAAUGAAAUACUAUAUUCAUAUUUGAUUAUUACCGUAAUUGAUGGUCAUACAUUUUAAUCAGAAAAGCGUUACCCUGAAUUUUUGAAUAUUGAGAGAGUACAAAUUGAUCAUUUUAAUAAAUACAACGCAAGUUCCUUUAAAAUUUAGAGAAUAGAUCUAUAAUUGGGAGAGGAUGAAUUUUCCUAUGUUCUAAGAAGGAGGGAAUAUUUAGAACGAUGGCUUUAAGAAUAAUUAGCUAACCCAACUUAUGUAACAAAAAAUUUACUUGAUUUCUUGGGAGUGGAUGAAGAAAUGCAGCAGCCGUUUUUAAUAUAUUAAUAAUUGAUUUCAAAGACUAGAUCUUAGAUACGACCAAAGAGUUAUUAAAAAUCUUAAGAAUAUGAAUUAUAAGCUCUCAGAGUAAAUUCUGAAGAAAAUUUGGUUGCUUUAGAUUAUUCUGAACUUCAAUUCUCAUCUAAUUGUGUCUAAUAUGAAUAUGGCAUGUAUGGAUCCAAUUCAAUAGAAUUUGUUAUCAAUAUCAAAUACAAAGAAAAGAACACAGAACAUGUAUAUAGGAUCUUGAAAACACUGUCUUGUAUAAGAUAAUUUAGUGAGUAACUUGAAUUAUAAAGUGGUCGAGCAUUGCCGCCUAAUUUAAAAAUAACAAAAUAAAUUUUAAAUCUGACAACGAAUGAAAAAUUAACAUUUGUGGAUGAAUUUUUUAAAGAAUUAUUAGGAAAUCAUGAAUACUUUUCAAGUGAAUUUUUUGAUUUUAUAGGGUUUGAUAUUAAUAAUAGAUGUCCAAAAGAAUAAAGUUGA